AUGGCUCGCGGUGCAGCUACUCAACUCGUGCUGGUCGCCAUGGUGGCCGCUAUGCUCCUCAUAGCCACCGAUGCGGCCAUCUCCUGCGGUCAGGUCAGCCCGGCCUUGAGCCCGUGCAUCUCCUAUGCCCGUGGCAACGGCGCUAACCCGCCUGCGGCCUGCUGCAGUGGCGUCAGGAGUCUGGCCGGCGCAGCCCGGAGCACCGCUGACAAGCAAGCGGCGUGCAAGUGCAUCAAGAGCGCUGCCGGUGGGCUCAACGCUGGCAAGGCCGCCGGCAUCCCCUCCAAGUGCGGCGUCAGCGUCCCCUAUGCCAUCAGCGCCACCGUCGACUGCUCUAAGAUUCGCUGAUCAACCACUGUCCACUGCCCACCAUGGCUGCCGCCUA